GUUAUUUCAAUGAUUUUUUUUUUUUCUUCCUUGAACUUCCUCUUCCUCCAAUAGGAGGCGGUGACGCGACGUCACGUGGUGUUCUAGCCCCCAGCUACAGUCAGUGGCUUCCAGUUAAAUCGACAAAACAGCAGAUGACGUCUAGUCAGUACAGCGUUUCCUGGUUACGGUAAAGCUAAGCUAACCAGCCAGAUUGAUUCUCCCGGGUUGUUGGUGUUCUUCCUCAGCUUCCCGGCGAUUUCAGUCGGUGAUAGAUCAGACGUUCACCAUUAACCCUCCGAGAUGUCGUUCCUGGAGAAGCCGGUCCCCGGCAGGCUGCUACUGUACGAUACCGAUCCCCUGACGGCGGUGAUUGAAGCCAGUCAGAACCUGCAGUCCCACACGGAGUACAUCAUCCGAGUCCAGAGGGGCGUGUCCUCAGACAACAGCUGGCAGGUGAUUCGACGUUACAGCGACUUCGAUGUCCUCAACAGCAGCCUGAUGGUGUGUGGCAUCAGUCUCCCUCUUCCUCCUAAGAAGCUAAUUGGAAACAUGGACAGGGAGUUCAUAGCAGAGAGGCAGAGAGGACUGCAGACCUAUCUGGACUCCAUUACCCAGCAUCCCCUGCUAUCUAGUUCCCUGCAUGUCAAGAAGUUCCUGGACCCCAACAAUUAUUCUGCCAACUACACGGAGAUCGCCCUGCAGCAGGUCUCCAUGUUCUUCAGGUCGGAUCCAAAGUGGGAGGUUGUGGAGCCCCUCAGAGACAUUGGCUGGAGAAUCAGGAAGAAAUAUUUUUUAAUCAAAAACAAAGAGCAACCCAAAGAGAGGUAUCUGCUGAGCUGGGUGGAUCUGGGUCCUGAUAAGUUCCUGUCAGACAAAGACCUGCAGUCAGCUAUGAAGCUGCUGACUGGCCUCUCUACUUCGUAUCUUUGUCCGUUACUGUUCUUCAGCACCAGUGAGUCCUCAGCUCUGCUCAUCCGGCCGUUCAGUGAGAGAGGAUCUUUGAGAGACCACAUCUGUAAGGUGAAGCCCACAGAGAAUUACCUGAAGAAGUACUGUAACCCGAAGAAGAGUCAGGGCCUUGAACUGUCACAGAUUAAACUGUACGGCCGUCAGAUCCUGGAGGGCCUGAAACUCCUCCAUGAUGGUGGUGUGUUUUACGGUCACCUCCACGCGUCAAACAUCAUUGUGGAUGAUGGCGUGUGCCGACUUGUGGAUGUGGAGAACGCCAUGCUGGGAGUUCCCUCUGCGCUGCGACCGUCCUUCACCCAGUUCAGGAAGAUCAAUACGACACAGAGCAUUGACGUUUUCUGCUUUGGUCAUUUACUGUAUGAGAUGACGUAUGGCCGGCCGCCAGACAGCAUCCCUGUGGAUCAGUACCCCACUGUGCCCUACACAGCUGUGGUGUCAGUGCUGCAGUCCAUUCUAUCCACAGAAGCCUGUAAAAGUGGGAUGCCAAAAGUGUCGGAGCUCAUCCAGACGUCGCUGUUCAGUGACGUCCAGCUCCAGCAUUCAGAAAAACUCCAACUCAAGAUCCCCAGCAGGCUAAAGGAAGCACUUAAGGUGGCAAAGGAGAGUCUAGAGAAGAGGCUGCAGGAGGAGCAGAGAGUGCUCCACCAGCACAGGAGGUUGACCAAAGCUCAGUCUCAUCAUGACUCGGAGGAGGAGAGGAAGAGGAGGAAGACUCUGGCGAGGAAGAAGUGCAGACAGUCAGCUUAUGAAAACGAGGAAGACAUCUCUGUCAGAAACAACAAUAACUCUGGUUCUGGAGCCAGUUCACCUCCCACUUGUCCCUCCUCCCCUACCUCCCCAUCAACCACAGGAGCCCAGGCUGCUCCUCCCCCUCCUCCUCCUCCCCCUCCCCCUCCACCUGCUCCUAUGCUGCACGCCGCCUCCUGUCCUCCUCCUCCUCCACUGUCUUCUGAUGGAGCAGGUCGCACCGCCUUGCUGAGCUCGAUCCAGACCUUCAGUAAGGGCAAACUGAAGAAGGCAGAGAUUGCCGACCGCAGCAAACCCAUCAUCUGACUCUACCGACUGCCACAACCCGGCCUCCACCUGGAAAAUUCACUACACAAAUGUGGCGGCAUUGUGGCCUGGACUGGUUCACAGCGUCACUCCCUGAGAUGUGAAAACAAAUCACUAACAAAGAGAUCUAAAUACCGUUUUUUUUUAUCAUUAUUUCUGUUUUAAAUGUUUUUAAAUCCAAUCUUGUGGAGAGAGUAGAGGACAGUCUGUUCAUUCAAAAACAUGACAAUCCUAGGCACCUGAAGGUUUGACCUUUCUGGUUGCUUCUCUGACAGCCAGCAGACUCAAGAUAAAAAAAAAA